AUGAUUCUCCUUUUUUUUUUCACUCCGUCUGCAAUCAUUCUUUUCUACUGUCUUAUUGUUUCUCUUUCUUUUCCUUCAUCUCUCCACUUCUCUUUUUAUCUGUUUGUUUUCCUACUUUAUUGUUUCUGUUUCUCUUUUCUUCUCUCUCUCAGUCCUCUCACUUUCACACGUGUUUUCUCUUUUUCUUUUUCUCCCUUCUCUUUUUUCUUUUUCUCCCUUCUCUUUUUUCUUUUUCUCCCUUCUCUUUCUUCUUUUUUUCCCUUCUCUUUCUUCUUUUUCUCCCUUUUCUUUUUCUCCCUUUUCUUUCUUUUUCUCCCUUUUCUUUCUUUUUCUCCCUUUUCUUUCUUUUUCUCCCUUUUCUUUCUUUUUCUCCCUUUUCUUUCUUUUUCUCCCUUCUCUUUCUUUUUUUCACUUUUCUUUUUUCUUUUUCCCUUUUCUUUUUAUUUUUCUCCCUUUUCUUUUUUUCUCGCUUCUCUUUUUUCUUUUUCUCCCUUCUCUUUUUUUCUUUUUCUCUUUUUUCUUUUUCUCUUUUUUCUUUUUCUCCUUUUUUUUUUCCUUUUUUUUUCCUUUUUUUUUCUUUUUCUCUCUUCUCUUUUUUCCUUUUUCUCGCUUCUCUUUUUUCCUUUUUCUUUUUUUCGUUUUCUUUUUCUCACUUCUCUUUUUUCUUUUCUUUUUUUCCCUUCUCUCUUCCUGUUUCAACUUUGUCUCCUCUCUCACUCUUUUUGUCUCUCACCAGUGAUUAUCAUUUUUCUUGUUGCUCCAUUCUCUCUAUUUUUUCUCCAUUCUCUCUAUUUUCAUUUACUUCCUUCUCUCUCUCUCUCACUUUUCCUUGUCCUUGUCCUCUAUUCCUUUCCUCUUUCUUACUCAGACACUUCUCUCUGUAAACUUUUUCUUUCUUUCUGUAACUUUCUAAGGCCUCUAUCACUUUACUCUCAGCUUUUUCUCUCACCUCUUGAAUCUGCUUUCUAUUCUUAUUUCUUUCUCCAUUUCUUCCUGUUUCUUUCUCCAUCUCUUCCUGUUUCUUUCUUCAAUCUCAUUCUCUCUCUAAAUUUCUCUUUAUUUCUCACCUUUCUCUCUCUACUUUUCUUUCUUUCUUUACUCUAA